AUGGAGAUGCCCAGCCCACCCCGGAAGGGGCGACUGCAGCCCAUGCUGGUGCUGGCGACGCUGAGCGCGGCCUUCGGCUCGGCCUUCCAGUACGGCUACAACAUCGCCGUGGUCAACACGCCACACAAGGUCUUGAAGUCAUUUUAUAACGACACCUACUUUGAGCGACACGGAACAGGCAUGGACGAGAGGCUCCUGCUGCUCCUGUGGUCCUGCACCGUGUCCAUGUUUCCUCUGGGCGGCCUGCUGGGGUCGCUGAUGGUCGGCGUGCUGGUCGACAAGUGUGGCAGAAAGGGAACCCUGCUGAUCAAUAACGUCUUCGCCAUUGUCCCCGCCGUCCUGAUGGGAGUCAGCAAGGUGGCCAAGGCUUUUGAACUGAUCAUCUUUUCUCGAGUGCUGCUGGGAGUCUGUGCAGGCAUCUCCUACAGUGCCCUUCCCAUGUACCUGGGAGAGCUGGCUCCCAAGAACCUCAGGGGCACUCUGGGAACAAUGACCGAGGUUUUUGUCAUCGUGGGAGUCUUCCUGGCGCAGAUCUUCAGCCUGCAGGGCAUCCUGGGCAAUCCUACAGGCUGGCCCGUGCUCUUGGCACUCACGGGGGUCCCCGCACUGCUGCAGCUCCUGUCUCUCCCCUUCUUCCCCGAGAGCCCGCGGUACACCCUGAUCCAGAAAGGAGAUGAGGUCACAGCUCGACAAGCGCUGAGGACACUGAGGGGCUGGGCUGAUGUACAGGAUGAAAUAGAAGAGAUGCGCUUGGAGGACCAGGCCGAGAGGGCCGAGGGCCGCCUGUCCGUGCUCAACCUGUUCACCUUCCGGCCCCUGCGGUGGCAGCUCAUCUCAAUCAUCGUGCUCAUGGCCGGCCAGCAGCUUUCCGGGGUCAACGCGAUCAACUACUACGCAGACAUGAUCUACGUAUCCGCUGGCGUGGCGGCCGAUCACUCCCAAUACGUAACAGUGGGUGCCGGAGUGGUCAACAUAGUGAUGACCGUCAUCUCGGCGGUCACCGUGGAGUGGCUGGGGAGACGGCUCCUCCUGCUGGUCGGCUAUGGCAUCUGCGGCUCGGCCUGCCUCACGCUGACGCUGGCGCUCCUCUUCCAGAGCACGGUCCCUGAGCUGUCCUAUCUCAGUGUCGUCUGUGUCUUCUCCUACAUCGCGGGACACUCCAUUGGGCCCAGUCCCGUCCCCUCCGUGGUGAGGACCGAGAUCUUCCUGCAGUCGUCGCGGCCGGCCGCCUUCGUGGUGGACGGCGCUGUGCACUGGCUCACCAACUUCAUCGUGGGCUUCGUGUUCCCUUCGGUCCAGGCGGCCAUUGGGGCCUACAGCUUCAUCGUGUUCGCGGGGAUCUGCCUCCUCACCGCUGUUUACAUCUACGUGGUGAUUCCCGAGACCAAGGGUCAAACGUUUGUGGAGAUAAACCGAAUUUUUGCGAAGAGAAACGGAGUGGAGAUUCCAGAGAAGAAAGAGAUCACAGAUGUCGAGCCUCAUGCGCCAUCUCCGCCCGCCAAGGAAACUUCCUUUUAA